AUGAGACUUACCUACUCCUACCUCGUGUUUGCACUUGCCACUACUAUCGCGACUGCCAUUCGUGCAGCACCUACCGUAUAUGACGAAAGCCUCGCCUCCCGUGCUCCUGAUCACCAUCAUGGAGAUCCCAGCAACCUCAAGCACCCGGCCUCUGCCUGCGGAGGCAAGACGACAUGGGGACGCAUCGGUCCCUCCGGCUGUAAAUAUACCGGCAGGGACGCCGACUCUGCGAAAGAAGCUGAGCUCUCCCUACGAGCCAUGAGGCCCGAUAGCAGCCCCAAGCGUACUGAGGCGCAGAGAAAGGAAGGAGAGGAAGACCUUGGGCGUCUCAAAUCGCUCGCCUUCGAGGACCAUCCCGUCAGUCAAGGCGCGUCGCGACAGGACGAAGGACUGGAAGAAGCUCAUCAGCCAAGGACUGUCAAAGAUUUCGACGGCCAGGCGGCUUUUCCGCACCUCGAUCAUCAGGGCGGCAAGGCUGCACUCGAGCACGACCAGUGGUCGCAGUACUCCAGUCCUUGGCUCGAGGUCACUGACGAAGCCGGCCACUCCACUCUUUACGUCAAGGAAGCGAAGCAUGAGCAUGGAGAGAACGGAUCGGACAACCAGGAGGAGCACCUCCAUCGCCACCAUCACCAUGAAGAAGCCAGGGACAAAGGGUCUCACGAGGCAAUGGAGAUAAAUACUGACGUGCGCAGGGAGGCAAAUAUGGCUCGCUCUCUCAAGAAGGCAGACUCCCAUUCAGCCUGCAAAGAUCACGAGCAUGUCCACCAUCAAGAUGAUCACGGUGAUCAUACCGCUCACGCUGAGGGACAUGACAAGGCAGGACGGGGCAAAAAGCAGCAGAAACCUGACGGGAACAGCUACGCCCUUCAGAACUACACUUGGUGA